AUGGGCCACGAUAAUCUUCCAAUCUACCCAGACCUUUGUGGCAAGGUUGCUCUGAUCACGGGCAUCGGACAAGUCGGGCCUAUCGAAACGUCAGAUCUCUGGGGCAACGGGGCCGCGAUAGCCCUCAUUCUGGCAAGAAACGGCGUCAAGAUAUUCGGCUGUGACAUCAAUAUCAAAGCGGGCAUUCAGACCAAGUCUCGCAUUCAGUCCGAGUUGUCUGAUGCUGUUGUCGACGUGGUGGCGACCGAUGUCACGUCGUCCUCUGCCGUCGAAAGCCUCGUGCAAGCAUGUCUACAACUACACGGCCGUAUUGACAUCUUGAUCAACAACGUCGGUCGCAAUGAACCUGGGGGACCCGCUGAAAUGUCGGAAGAAACUUGGGAUGAUCAAAUUGAUGUGAAUUUGAAAAGUGUAUACCUCACAUGCCAUUUUGUCCUGCCCAUCAUGGAAGCUCAAGGGACGGGAUCAGUGGUCAAUCUUAGCAGCAUUGCCGCCGAAAGGUAUCUGGGGAAAGCGGAGGUAGCAUACUCAGCGGCAAAGGCUGCCGUCACACAGUUCACCAAUCAUACUGCUUUGCUGUAUGCGAAGAAGGGUAUUCGAUUGAACACGGUCCUACCAGGGCUGAUGUUUACGCCGCUCGUUUAUGCGAUCGCGCACAAGUUCAGCAAUGGUGAUGCUCAAAGCUUCGUGGAUACAAGAAACGGCCAAGUGCCUACGGGGAAAAUGGGAAGUUCUUUGGAUGUGGCAAAUGCAGUGGCGUUUCUCUCUAGCACUGCUGCCGCCGGUUUUAUCACCGGCCAACAGCUUGUUGUUGACGGUGGAAUGAUCUCUAGUACAGGCAGGGCGUGA